UGCAAGCGUCAUCAGGCAGGCCGGGUCAAUAACAAUCGGGCAGGUAGUACAGGGGGUCAGGCAGAGAAUGGUCGGUGGUCACAAGCCAGGAUAAAACAGGAGAAGUCAGCAGAGGUCCUGGAUCAGGCAGGGUCAGCACGAAUCAGACAGGGACAGGACAAAGGAUGCAUGGAUAUAAGAUACAGGGCCCAGGAAAAAAAACACACACCAAGGCAGAGAAACUGCAGGUCUGGCCAUCCCUUAAAUACACCUGCAUAAUCAACUUCAGUGUUAGUGGCUUUUUUUUUUAGACAGGUUGAGUCUCUCUUGAUUGCUGGGAGCACCGCUGGCCAGCCCUUGUACGGC